AUGGACCGCGAAAUCACUUUCGAGCACCGGAAAGUCACUUUCAUGGACACAGGACUAGCGAAAUCUGCAAAUGAAUUUUCUACACAAAGAUCUCAAGCUGUAGUGACGCUCCGGAAACAAAAGCGGCAAGAAUCAAUCAGAUAUAAAAGACUCAAACAAACGACCUCGCCAAGUUGCAAUCUUUCGCUUGACAAAGUUCUCAAUGAGCUUGAUAUAAGCAAGGUCUCAACAGUGAAAAACCUCCGCAAGCUGCUUUCAUAUCAGAAAUUCGACUUCAAUAAGCUGGUGCAGAUGUGCCCGAAUAUCAUAGAAAUACUCACCCCAGGGCUUAACAAUCCACAAUCAGAGCUUGCUUUUGAAGUAUCCUGGUGCCUUACAAACUUAGCAUUGGGUCCUUCGUAUUUGAUUAUGGGGGAUUCCUUCACACUAUGCUUACACUAUGAAGACUUUUUUUACCUCCUUUUUUCUCAUCUUUUUUUUUUUGCUUAUACUUUUUGGAAUCUUCACUUAUUUUGGCUUGCUUUUUCACCUAUUUUUUUUGCCUAUUUUUUUGGCCUAACAGCAAAUGAAUUAAAAAGAUUAAAGAUAUAUAAGGAAAAAAUAGAUCAAAAUAAAUAGUGACAAAAAAAGGCCCAAAAUAAGCUAAGAAAAUAGGCCCAAAAAUAUUGGCAAAAAAAAAUAGGCAAAAAAAAAAGGUAAAAAAAAAAUCGUUGUGGAUUAGGCACCGUGUGAGUUUAAGAUUUAUGGAGAUCUCCAAGCUUAUCCCAGCUAUCAGUGCUUUUAUCAUUAACCCGGUCAAUAAAAUGCUAGCUGAGCAGGCUUGUUGGGUAUUAGGAAACUUAGCAGCUGAUUCUUUUGAUUUGAGAAAUGGGAUUCGGCAGGUUUGUGGCUUGGUGAAAGGAAUUUCAGCGCUUUUACAGUUUAAAAUCCCAAGUUUGAGCGCGAUUACUUGCUGGACACUUUGUAAUUUGGGUAAAAUAAAAAAGGACUAAAUUUUAGUAUUUUUCCUAUAAAAGUGACUGUAAAUUAUCAUUGGAUGAUAUUUAACGAUUACCCGUAAUUUGAUAAGAGGGUCAAAUCCUGAUAUUUCUCUUUUUGUGGAAAAUGGAGUGAUUUUCCCAGUUUUAGACUUGACUCAGAGAGACCCAAACUCUGAUCAGUGUAUAGAAGCUUUAUGGUUCUUGUCACUUCUUACAAAUAACACAUCUCCAGAAGCUUUUCAGCAGAUUUUUAAAGAAGAAAAUAUUUCAAGAUUUUUCUUGAUAUUAAGCUCAGCAAAUGACCCGAAAUUGAUAAUCCCGAUAUUGAGGAUCUUUGGGAAUGCGUUUUUAUAUUAUCCUUAUAUAGACUAUCUUUUUAAUAGGAAUUUUAUUGAGUUAUUGAUAUACUAUUUCACUAUAAAUUGGCUUAGAUCUUGCUAGGCAAAUUUAUUUAUAGAAAAAAAGCUUCAUUAAACGUAAUUUACUAUACAAUUUCUGAGCACUGAGAGCAGCCAAAUCCAAAGAGAAACAGCAUGGCUUAUUUCAAAUAUCGUUUCAUGCCCCAGAGAAUAUAUUGAUAUACUAAUGAGUUCAAAUUUAAGCAACGAAAUCCUUGAUUUAUUAAUAUGGCUUCUCGAUAACGACGCAGGAGAUAUUAAAGCUGAAGCUGGAAUUGCACUGUACAAUAUCUGUGAAGUCCAAUCAUCAAAAUAUUUGCUAAAUUAAAUUAAACAGUCUUAUGGUUUAGCAGAUUUGAUGUCUCCGCACGCUUGCGGCCACCGGAUCUUGCUUGCCAGGUUAUAUCUGUUACCCCCGAACCCCCAUCAACAGCAGUCUACUCCCAGGUCUAAGGGCUCGCACUAUGUCCCUUAGUUUUGAUGGGUUAGAAAGACCCCUAGGUGCUGUACGUCUUGCAGAUGCUAUGAAGGUAAAGGAUAGCCCAAUACCUCCUCUUGGCCACCUUGAGGAAGGGUGACACUCAGGAAAAAAGAGCCAUGGUCCUGGAAUUGGCAGGGAAAAGACCUGUGACCCAAAAUCCAUCUGGAUAACUAAUAAUUGGACUGAAAUGACAACCAGCUGACUCCCAAAGUCAUCCACCACAUGCAGCAGCUAUACAGUGUGCUUAGGAUUAGAUCAAAGGGUCUGAGCCUUGGUUUAGGUUAUAAAGCCAUUUGAUGCCCACAGUGGUGCGUCGUCGGUAAGGACAUAUUUUGUCGCCACCCGCCAUAUUAAUUAUAUGUUUGCUUAGGAUCCUCAGGAAAAAAGGAGAAAGACUUAUAAGCUUUUAUCAAGAGGUUAUAAAUAAUGUCCCUAUGUGGCUGAAGUUGGGAAUCCAAGCGAUUUACGAUGUUGAUUUGCUGAAAGCGAGCCUCGGAUUUUGCCAAAUUUGCUUUGAAUUUUCUAUACAAAAUCAGCUUGAUAUUCCAGAAGAGACUUAUAGUGCGCUGAAUAGUUCGGAUCUCCGUGAAGCUUUGGAAAACUGCUACUUUGUAUUUAAAGAUCUUAGGGGACAGAAUGAGCAGUUCAUGAAAGUAUUUUGCUCAGAUUUACUGAAGAGGUAUUGUGAGGGGAACCAAGGUUUUACUUUUACUUAA